AUGACUAAUGAGCUCAAGGCCGUCGAUCCAGGGCGCGAGACGCCUCUUCCGCAGUAUGAACAGACGCAGUCGCUGCCUUUUACCUUGAAACUUCAAGAAGAUGCUCGCAACCCAGGCCAAUUCCAACUCGUUUUGAACGUUGGUUCCAACCUACAGGCACCAGAUGGGAUACGCUUGAAUGCACCAGUGGAGCCUCAACAUCAAACCACUAGCGCUUCCACGAGCGAUGCGAAUCCCAAGCCACAGUCAGCAAGUCCACCUACGACUCCGCUUUCGGAAAAGCAGGGUUGGGCUGAUUUGGACCACGUACCACCUGAAUUUCUUCAGAAAGUUGUACCAGACUGGAACGUGUCAUUCUCUCGAAGUGAUUCGACCGUGUCCACGCAGUCAAAGCGUCUGUCAGAUAUCAAAGCCAGGAUCAAGAAGAAAGGGAAAGGCUACGUAGUGCGGCUACUAAAGGGAUCUGCGACGGAUUUGGAUGAGAUUGCAGAAGUAGAUUUGGGCUCACAGACCACCAAAGCCCAGACGAACAACGUCCACGAGCUUGAUUCCGCGACUUUGCCAGCUGAACUUUGCUCUCUCCCAUCGCCUGCCCCUUCCACUCACAUCAGUCUUGCCGAUAGACCUGAUGUCUUUGAGAUUGGAACCUCAAACGAAGAUGGCAUCAUCACGGUACAAAACACUGCCACUCCUAGGUCGGAUCCGAAUCAUCCGACACAAUCUAGAGUUUUGACGGGAAGCAGCUUGGCACGGAACUCAGUCGCAGAAGACGGUAUGAGUGAUGCAGAAACUUUGAUUCCCGAUAUCCGCUCAAUGUAUGAUCGCGCAGAUGGAGAGCAAACAGAUUCCGAGCCCCUUUCUCAGCCUAGGCCGAUUGCCCCCAGCAGAUCGGGCUCGGUCUCCAGCAUAGUGAAGACACCAACCCGCGGCCUUUCACUCAUUGGUCCUGUGAGAAAGAGAGUUGAGAAGAGAACACGUCUUCGAACGAAUUGCCGAACAACGCAGCUGGAGCUUAAGCGCUCAGAUGCCCAGAAAUCUGUAAAACGUCGCUCUGCUUCAACUACCACUGCGACUGACAAUUCGUUUGCUGAGGUUUACCUGAAGUCUGCAAAUUUGCGACAACGUGUUCGCCCAGCACCUCACAAAUCCAAUGGUUAUGAUCAAACAUCCGAUGAAUACGAGACAUGGCAGCAUCCAGUUCGACACAAUAGUGGGUUUAGACCGCGACACCUUCGUCAAGUAUCGGCAGACGAUCUACAGUUACCUGCAAGGUCCAAGUACGGGCUACGGUUGCAAACGAACGUACCCAAAACUAAAUCUGCACACGUAUCACCAGUAACCCAAAGGAAGAGUUCGCCGAGGACGAGAAGACUAAAAUCCUCGUCAAAUUCGCCAAUUGAUGCAGGCGAUACUGACAUGCCAUCUUCGCCUGAGUGGCAGGAAGAAAGUAACUCGGAUGAGCUCCAAGCAGCUUUGAGGAGGGCUUUGAAUAAGCUUGUUCCGGACCUGGAUCCUGGAGACCAAGGUGCUGAUACCAAGGACAUUCCUGUGCCCCAGAUUAUUGAACCCAUAGACGAAGUGCAUGUUGGCGAAAUACCGCUCCCAUCGGAAAUCGAGAUUAGGUCAGCACCUACUGGUGUGCGCCACCCGACGCUAAUGUAUUGGGGUCUUGCACUUAGUGCGCUGUCAGACAAGGUGUAUGAAGGAUUCAAAUUGCUUCGAGAUGCGGUUGGUCCUGAGCGGCCUGUUCCAAAAGGAUAUGUUCGUGUUCGCUGGGCUUGUUCGUGUGGAGAGUCACUGUAUGAUGAUUUUAUCGAACAGCGGCCGAAUGCAGCUCGUCUCCUUGAAGCUUACCUAAACCGCCCAAGAGCUCACACUCCAUCAAGUCACAGCAGCCCAAGCAGCACCGUAUCGUCCAUGGCCUCUAUCUUCGACUCUUCCAGUAGAGCUUCAACACUAGCAACACCAUCAUCCACAUAUGGUGGUCCAGCCUCUUGGACUAGAGGCAAUGACUCUUCUAAGUACAGCCCAUCCCGUAUACGAAAUGACAGUUCGUUUAGUGUCCGUAUGCCCAAUUUUGCUCAGGAAUCGUGGCUUCUCACGUGCGCAAACGAGGGGCGCCUUACACCCAAGAUUGUGCAUCUCGAUGUCAACGAAGGCCGCAUCAGGAGUGACAAAGAUCUAGCGCUUUCUCUGCGGGAGCACUACGACCAGCUCCAUCGCGGAUUUUUGAACUGGACUCGCUUGCGUGGACUGGCAACCAUCGAAUUUGUACAAUUCGAAGUUCACCGCAACCGUUUUGCUGAUAUCCGCGCCACGCCAUCCAUGCCUCCAAAGUCUGCAACCUCUUCAGCAUCGACAAGUGCCGAGGCAGGAAACAGCCAAGCGCCAUCUGAGCAUCCGUAUACGUUUGAGCCCAACGAUCUUCUGCCUCCUGUUGGCAGCACCUAUCUCGUCCAUCUCUUCCAGCAUCCAAACGACUAUGACGGCGAGCUCAUCACAUAUCUUCGUAGUCCGAAGCGAAGACAACGGCUAGAGUUUGGUAUGGGUUGGGGUGUCCAUCUCGUAGAGGGCUUCCUCGCGCAGCGUGUCUGGGCGGUUACGAUGGGUAUCUGUGGUUUGGGUAGCGCGGCAUUUGCCAUUCUAUGGACAAUUAAGAAGGGCGAUAUCCAGGGCGCAUUUGGAGUUGCGCAAUGGGUGUUGGGCAUCGCAGUACUGGCAGUCGGUGGCAUCCAAGCAUGGCUAGAGUAA